AUGACUUCGUACAUCCCCCACUUGACGCUGCCUUCGUUCAUCUUCGAAAAGCCGGCCGUCUCCGUGCUGCUGCCCAUCGCCCUCGGAACUGCUGUUGGCUACUCGACCAGACCCAAAGAGACGCAAAAGACCUAUCUCGCCCUGCGUCAGCCUCCCCUUCGACCUCCGCCAUGGGUCUUCGGCCCGGUAUGGACCAUGUUGUACGGAGCCAUGGGCUACGCCGCUUUCCGCGCUUGGUCGACUGCCAUGAACUCGUUUGAUGCAAAGAAGGUUCUUCUCGCAAAGCAAGGCGCAACCCUCUACACUAUCCAGCUGGUUCUCAACCUCGUCUGGAUGCCCCUCUUCUUCUCCAUGAAACGCCCCAUCGCCGCUACUGUCGACAUUGUCGCUCUGACAGGCGUUACUGGAUACCUUGCCUACAUUUGGGGCCAGGUUGACGAGGUUGCUGCAUGGACUCUCGCUCCCUACCUCGGCUGGCUUAGCUUCGCGACCUAUCUGUCAGCAGGCUGCGGCUACUUGAACAACUGGGAUUUUGCAAGCAAAGAGCGCCCGAUAGCGGACAAGCCAAAAGACACCAAGUUUGUCGAUGAGAAGAAAGAAUAG